AUGAGGCAACAUGCAGCUUUUAAUGGGAAACCUGAAUAUAGCACACAUCCCGAGCCAUUAACCGGAGAAGAAGUGCUGCAUAUGGUUGAAGAUGGUGACAGAAAAUACCUUCCUGUGAGGCAUGUCCUAGAUGUUAUGCACAUUGAGAAGAAUGUUUGCGAUAGUAUCAUUGGUACAUUGCUGGAGAUCCCUGGAAAAAAUAAAGAUGAGAUUGCUGCUCGAUUAAAUUUAUUGAACAUGGGGGUCAAAACUGAUUUGCAACCCGAGUAUGGAGAAAGACGUACUCGUUUGCCUCCCGGGCCUUGGAAUUUGUCAAGAGCAGAGAAGAGAGAGGUUUGCAAUUCUUUCUAUGGUAUGAAGAUCCCUGAAGAUUCAAGACUUCUUGGCCUUAAAUCACAUGAUUGUCAUACCUUAAUGCAACAAUUGCUCCUUGUGGCAAUUCGUUCUGUUUUGGAGAAGCCUGCAAGAUGGAUGUAUCCGUUUGAAAGAUAUAUGAAAGUGCUAAAGGGGUAUGUUCAGAAUCGUACUCGUCCCGAAGGUUGCAUUGUUGAGCGGUAUAUAGCUGAAGAAGUUGUAGAGUUUUGUACCGAGCAUUUAUUUGAUGUUAGUACAGUUGGAGUGCCUUCAAGCCAAAAGAUGGGAGUUUCAAAGCCAUUAUUAGGUUGCACAGUGAGUGUAGUUGAUCGGGACCUGUUGAACCAAACACAUCUAUAUGUCUUGGAGAAUACGGAGGAAGUCCUACCUUAUAUCGAAAAGAGAACAAAGUGGAUGCAAGAUAAGCACAAUAGCACUUUCAUUCAAUGGCUACGCUUAAAGGUUCAAAGUGAACUUAAUGAGGAAGACAAUCAUGGCGUAUCAGAAAAUUUAAGGUGGCUAGCAGCUGGUCCAAACAUGGUAGUGCCAUCAUAUAGGAGCUAUCUUAUUAAAGGUGGUGUGAGAAUUGAGUGUGAGCCAUUUACUAGAGGGAUACCAAAUGUUGACACAUUUGAUGAACUGGUGGGUGAGUUUGGGAGUCAAAAUAUUCGAGAUGGGUGUGAAGAUAUAUGGAUUGAAUGA